AUGCCGCCACUCCAGUUCUUGGCUCUGCUGCUUCUCGGCGCGGGAAUUUCGGGAAUUUCGGGAAUUUGGGGAAUUCCAGUGGAGCUGCCCGUUCCCACCCAGUCCCUCCACCCCGAGCCGUGCUCCAGGGCCGGUGACUCCUGGCUCUGCUGGCUCCCUUUCCGCGGCCACAUCCCGGCCGACGCCGUGUCCAGCUGGAUCCAGCGCUCCGGCCGCCCGCAGUUCGUCUGCUCCACUCGCCGCCGGAACUGCAACCUGGGCGCCUUCGACCCCCAGCGCGGCCCCUUCUGCUUCUUCCCCUGGGCCGAGGAGGAGGAGACCAGCUCCGAAUUCCAGCUCCUGAUCAACCCCGGCGGCUUCGAGGCGCUGGACUGGGUGGACACGUCCUUCGGCAGCACCCCCGAGGGCGCGGUGGAGGGAUGUCCCCUCACCGACAUCUUCGUCGGCCGCAGCCCGGACGGGCUGGGAAAGGUCUCCAAGGAGCAGCAGGCGCUGUUCGUGGCCGUGGACGGCGAGGAGAUUUGGUACAAAUGGUACCAAAUCCUGGUGGUCCGGCAAGGCCCGGCCGACGUCUCCAUCGCCGACGCGUCCUACAACGGCAGCGCGGCGCUGGAGAGCGCCGAGGCCGUGGCGCUGGCCGAGGUGCUGGCGAGGAACGACGGCUGCCAGGUGGCCCCAAAAUCCGUCACCUUGGAGGAGGCCACGGAGGUGGAACACGGCUGGAGCGCCGAGCUGCCGGCGCUGGCGGCUUCUCGCGGGGUGCUGCGGGCGGCUCCGCUGGUUUUCACGGAAUCGGGAGGUUGGGACGUGGGGAACGUCACCUCGGUGCCGUGGGCCGGCGGCGCCAGCGCCACCGAGUUCGUGUGGCGCGUCCACCGGCUCCGCGAGGAGAUCCCGGCGCGCUCCGAGUGCGCCGUGGUUCUCCGGGGGAUCCGGCGCGAGAUCCGCGUCCCCUUCUCGGCUUGGCUGACCAGGGAAUUUCGCUCCGGCCGCCAGCACCGCGUGGUCAUCACCGGCUGGGCGCAGAGCCGGGCAGUCACCGGCGUCCACGCCGGCCUGGAGCGCUGCCGCCAGCUCGCCGAGCUUCCGCCGUGCCCCAAUUAAGGCAAUUCCUGGAAUUGAGCUUUUCCUCAUGGUUUUUCCUUCCCCGCCCCCCCCAAAAAAAAAACCCCUCCAAAAAUCCACGGAAACUCUCGGCUUUGGUGCGGUUUUCCCGUAUUUUCAGCUUUUAUGGCAUAAACUUCACCCCAAAAUGCAGGGAAAUGUGGUUUUCUGGCUGUGUUUCCUUUUUUUUCUCCCCGAAAAUCCAACGCCACCGUGAAACUCGGGAAAACCCUUUCAGGAAAAGGUUCUGGGGGUUUUUUUUCCCAGUAUUUUUUGGUUUCGUGGUGUAACCUCCAUCCCUGCCUGGAACAACGCUGGGAAAUCUGCUGGAAUUUCCUGUUUUCUCCCCAAACCCCCUCCAGGUUCCUGAAAUCCAGGAAAAUUGCUCCAUUUGUUGGUUUUUUUUUUUUUUCCCAACCCUUUUAAUUUGCAUGGCAGAACCUUCACCCCUGUCUGAAAUGGCAAAAAACUCUGGUCUUAUCCACUAAAAUUUCCCUUUUCUCCCCCCAAAAAACCUCCAGGUUCUUUCCUCCAUGGAAAAAAUCGCUGGGUUUGGUUUGUC